GUUACCGGGAGGGCGUAACAGGCAGCCUGUGCCGGUCCCUCUCCAGUGGGAGGCUGGAAAAGACAAUUCCCCUCCCCGUGGCUCUGCCUGAUAAACGAGGGCGAAUUGCUGAAGGAGAGGAAGCAGAGGUCGCGUGACGGUAGCAUUCUUGAUGGUCACAAACAAUGGCAGAAGAGGAACUUCGAAACAUAAUACGAAGAUGUCAAAUUCUAGAUGAAGAAGAAUUUAAAGGGGAAGAUUUUAAUCUUUUUCAAGUUGCGGGACAGAAAUGUUUGGAAGAAGGGUAUAUAGCUGAAGUAUUAGAAGUUUUUCAAAAUGAGAAAAACCAGGUUAUUGUCAAAAGUAUGGGCUGGAAUCUCAUUGGUCCUCUAGUUGGAUGUCUGCUGAAGUAUAAACAAGAUGAUGUUAGGAGAGGAUUCUGCCUGAAAAUACUAGAAAAGUUGAUGGAGCUGUGCAGUCCAAAAGAGCUUGUGUUGGGUUUUCUGGAGCAGAUUGAACAAGCUUCUGGAGAACAGAUAUCCCAAACUGUUUUGCUUUUGCUUAAGCCUCUGCAGGAAGUGCUUCUGAAACUUCAUAGAAAGAAAGCCUAUUCAGUGGGGCUAUCGUUGUCUACCAUUCUGAGCCAGCUCUCAGUUCUCCCAGUACCUUAUACAAAGCAACAGCUGCAAGAAGACAAGCAUGACCUCUGCCAGUGUUGCAGUGCUUUGAUACAUUUUGUGAAACCUUUUGUGGAUGAGACUGUUAAACUUAUGGAGGCCUCAUCAAGUACUGAUUACAAAGAUCUGAAGGAGGAAUUGCUAGGGUUUUGCCUGAAAAGCUUGAAAUAUCCCUUGUUAAUGGCAGAGUUUGACCAACUGCCUGAAGACUCUGCUGAACAUCCCCUAAGGCAGUUUGCUGCUGACAUAAUAGCCAUUUUGCUGGACGUUAGAGAGUUGUUUCCAAAGGUAUUCUCAAAGCCUGGAUGCAAAAAUGAAAGCUGGGAUGAUGAGGAUUUAGUCGAGCUAGACAAAGAACAAACUGCAGAUUCUUUGGCGUGUCUGUCAUAUAUGGUAUUUGUUCAGGACUGCUUUGGUAUUGAUUGCCUUCCAGUAGUUUUCAACCCAUCAUAUAUUCUGCAGUGCAAUAUGGGACACAUUCAAGUUCUGUUGAAAAGGACAGAAGAACCUGUUUUAUCAAAAGGACUUGAUUUAUUGGAGAACUGUCUACUGAGACUGGAAGAUAAUAGCCUUUUGCUUGAGUACUUGGAGUUCAAAGGCUUUAUUACAACACCUCAGGAUUUAGUAAAAGUGAUGAUCCUGUGUCCACUUCAGCCUUUGAGAAAGAAGAGUUUAAAGAUCUUACAACUGUAUAUAGACAAGUUUGAAGAAGAGGGAAAAUAUACGCUGUUCAGGUGUUUGUUGAAGACAAGUAACCAUUCCGGUGUUGAAGGAUACAUUAUUCAAAAUCUUAAAAAUCAAAUUGAUUUAUCCUUACAGAGUGGAAAGGGCACUAAAUGUUUUACUGGUCUCCAGUUGGUUUCACUACUAGACAUAGUGCUCUCACUUCCUGAAGAUGCUGAAACAGAUCUUCUCCAGAACUCCGACAGGAUUAUGGCAUCACUAAAUCUGUUGAGAUACUUAGUCAUUAAGGAUAAUGAAAAUGACAAUCAAACCUGUGUGUGGACAGAACUUCCCAAGAUUGAGCAAAAUUUCUUAAAGCCCUUACACACCGGACUUAAUAUGUCAAGAGCACACUAUGAAGCAGAAAUCAAGAGUAAAAAAGAAAACAAGAGAGAGUCCCAUAGUUCCAAGAAGAUUUGCUCUGUAACAGUAGCUGGAGAAAAGAUGCCAAACAUGACCACUGAGAUGGAACUUCAGGUUCUUCACUCGGCUCUCUUCACAUUUGAUUUGAUAGAGAGUGUUCUUGCCAGGGUAGAAGAACUCAUUGAAACCAAAACAAAAGCUGCAACUGAAGGAACUGCUGGGGUCAAAUGAAGCAUUUUGUGUCUCCCUAUCGCAAUAACAUUUUACACUGUGCACUGGAUUUAUAUUUCUGACGUUGACUUUACUUGAAAGACUAUGUACCAAUCUUUAAAUAUGCACAAAGUAGUAAUUACACAGGCUGCUAGAAAAGAAGGCUUGAGAAGAUUCCGCCCCCCACCCCCACUUGCAGAUGUUAGAAGAGAGAGGAUUCUCGUCAGUUGGUUAAUUGUGUUGGCAUAUUUGCAAUAUGUAUAAAGUGCAUUGAGCUUUGAUUAAACACCAGUCUGCCAGAGCACUGUGCAAUUCAGUGAUCUGGCUAUGUUUUGGACUUGCAAAACUCCUAGAAGCAUGCAUAUGUGGGGGGUUUCAUGGCACAAGUAACACAUGAGUUCUUCAUGACACAAGUCUGUUAUAAUGCAGUACUUUAAUGUCAAGGAUACAGUUCACUGUAACAAAGAACAGAAACUGAAACAGACAUCAAUAGCCAUGUGCUGUUCAGCAGGAUUAAACCCUAUUCCAGCAGAUAGAUAUUAAAAUCAAGUAUAAAAGGCUUCUGUAGCUCUAAGUUAGAUGAUAUAGAGUUAUGCACUAGGGGAUGUGCAGAACAUUUUGAUGGCGAAACAUCCUAUUUCAAGUGUCUCUAACUCGAAACAAAAUAUCCUUUUAUUUAAAGGGCCUGUUUUGAGUGCCAUUUGGAGGCCUGUUUUUCCCUUACUGAUUGGUUUUCUGGAACUGACUUAUGAUUGGCUUGCAAUCUCCUUGCUUCUUGCUUGGCUUAUCAUACAAAUCAAGUGUUUGUCAGACCAUUGGUCCAUCUAGCUCAGUACUGUUUAUAGUACACAGUCAAACUUCUCCCAGGUUAUAGGCAGGAGUCUCUCCCCUCGGCUCUGUAUCCUAGGCAACUAUGGGGGUUUGGGGGAAAGGUUAAAAAUGUGUUUAAAAUUGCCUGCUUGCCCAUUUCAUUUUGUGUUAGGUGGUAGGUAGCACCCAUCAUACCCUUUGGUGUCCCUAGGAGCUACCCAUAGGGAACAAGAGAUGUUUCAAGUUUCCCAAUUGUUUCCUCUGACUGAAACACUCAAAAGGCUUCAAGGUUUGUUAUGUUGGAACAACUAGAUCGACUGCUGUUUCAGUGAAACAUUUUGGCCAUCUGAGUUUUGUUCCGAGCUCGAAACAAAACACAAAAUCUGUUUCAUGCACAUCCCUAUCAUACAUGUCCUGUGCUAGCAUUCUAGUUCUUGCCACCAAAAACACAUUCCUUGUUUAAUUCAAAGCAAUAUAAUACAGCCCACAAGUUCAUCAGAAAAACAAGGAACAAGUAGCAACAAGCAAAACGUCAGUUACUAAUGCAAAUUCCCUUGAUUCUGUUAAUUAUUCAUAUCCGUAACCAAAAUAAGGAGUGAUGGCAGCAAGGCAUGUCUCUUUGAAUGUGGUGUACUCAUUCAGGUGGAGUAGGCAUAAUGGCACUGGGAAUCCAGUAGCCCUUUGGGUUGUGAGUAAAUUAUUCCAUACAAAUUGGCCUGGUCUUUCCUGGAGAUGCAUCUAAUUCAAAGCAUCUUCAAUACAGCCAGUCCUAAAUGAGGAGGGAGGUGGAAUUCAUGGACUCAAACAAACAAAAAGUGUUUAUUUCCUUUCAUGCAGGCAAAUAUAACAUCAACAAGUAAAAAUAAUUCCUAGAAAAGCAGGACUACAAUGGGAGGAACAUCUGUUUUAAUAUGAACUUUGGCAUUGUUGUAAUCAUGUACAUUUUGAGACUGUGCCAAAGCUGCUCAGUGGCCGUUAAUGAUUUUCAAUCAUUAACAUUCUUCAGCAAUUUUAUUUUGACAAUAGCUGGAUACCAACUUCCAAUCGAGCUUUAAUAUAAACAGUAUUCAUCUUUCACAUUCUUCUAAAUGUUGAAUGGAAAAUCUUUUAAGUGAACAGUAAAAACGUUUCUUCGGUUUUGCAGGAAAUUGAAUUUUAACAGAUUGCAUGCAGAUUUUCAUAUCGAAUGUAUCAAAUACAAAAACAUAUUUUUCAAGCCAGUGUGCUCAUUCCUUUGCUGAUUCAUUUUUGUUAAAAGUACAAAAUUGAGUUUGUAUUUUGCAAAUAAACAUAGCCAAAGUUUUGAAUAAAAGUUUAGUUGAUGCUUGAGACACUACAGUCCAGUUGGCUCUGAAGCAUUUUCCAAACAGGGCUUUGUUCUACAAUCUGUGUCUUUGCCAUUGCCAUUCUAAAACGAAUGCUGUCCAAGUGUGGUUUUGAAGUGGUCUUCAUAGGGAGAGAGAAAUAUACUACGUUAUGGUAAUACCUUAUGUAAUUAACAAGAGCUAAGAAUGACUUGCAAGUCUUUUGUGCCGCAUUUCCCAUGCCAAAGAUCCUGAAGUGAAGCUCUAAACAAGGUUUGUACAGUAUAAGGAGAUGUUUGCUUCGUGGCUCAAAUUGAGUUCAGUAAAACUGCAUUCAAUAAAAUUUCAAAAGGAGGAGUUUCUGGCAUUAAUGAAAGGCUAUAACUGAGCCAUCUUCAUGUAGUUAAUAGAGUCUAGAAAGACAUUGCCAAACUUAAUGUCCUUAUUCUGAUUUCAUAUCGGUAACUGAUGGCUAUCCGGUUUAAAUUAACUGGCCCACGUGCACGGAAGAAAGGCUCUGCCUUAGGGAAGCAUUUUUUGCUUUUCUCUCCCCCCUGCAAAAGCCCUUUUUGAUGCCAGAAAUAUGUCCCUCAGGGUUCUGAAACACUCACAAACAUAUUUCUGGCAGUGGUCAAAACUUUUUGCAGGGAGUGCGGAGAGGGGGAAAUAGUCUCCCUCUCCCUGUGUACAGGGCUGCAGAACAAGCAUUUGCCAGAGCUUGGCUCCGGGCUCUCUGUGAGAGCACAGCCCUUCCAGAGGUAGAUCACAGCUUUAAAAUACCUGUGGAGUUCAAUCCUAUACCUGUUUAUUCAGGAGUAAGUCCCAUUGUGUUCAGUAGGGCUUACUCCCAUGAAAGUGUGUUUAGGAUUUCAGCUUUAAUCUGCUUAAAACUAUUUCUGUUCUCAUUGUGAAAUAAGCUAUGUUGAACACAGAGGCAGGAAUACAUACCUUUUUUUAAAAAAGUGAGCUGGUCUUAUGGUAGGAAGCAUAACUUGUUCCCUUAGCUAAGCAGGGUCUGCCCUGGGUGCAUAUGAAUGGGAGACUAUAAGUGUGAGCACUGUAAGAUGGUUCCCCUCAGGGGUUGGAGCUGCUCUGGAAAAAGCAGAAGGUUUCACGUUCCCUUCCUGGCUUCUCCAAGAUAAGGCUGAGAGAGGUUCCUGCCGGCAACCUUGGAGAAGCCGCUGCCAGUCUGUGCAGACAAUACUGAGCUAGAUAGACCAACGGUCUGACUCAGUAUGUGGCAGCUUCCUAUGUUCCUAUCCCUAAUAAUCCUUGCAGAAAUACCUAAUGUCAGUGGCUGACAUCCUGAUGAACCAAGUGUGCCUGUAAGGACGCUCUGCAGGGAUGUAGACAUCAUAAGUAGAAUCUAUUUAAUUGCAUGGAAACCUUACAUUUAUGUAUUAAUGUAUUCUUAGAGCUGCUUUGCAGUAAUUAUUUGACAAUAAAGUAUAUUCUGCUACUUA